AUGCCGCGACCCACGGCAGCGUCUAGCCCGUCGCGGCCCGGGGCGGCCGGCCGCUGGGACACCACAGGCGGCGGCGCCGUGGUCGAGGCGCUCAAGGCGGCCGCCGCCGCCGGAGGCCCUGCAGGACCCCCUCCGCCGCCCCAGCCUCCGCCGCAACAAGGGGUGGCGGGCUCGGCGGGCGGCCAGGGCGUGCCGGGCCCGCCGUGCGGCGGCGGGCCCCCCUGUGGCGGUGGCGGCCCCCCGUGCGGUGGCGGCCCCCAGGGUCCGCCGGGAGACGUGGGCCAGCAGCACCCGCUCUACCAGCAGCAGCAGAGCGCCUACGAGGACGCCCAGGGCCGCUGCUGCGCCGGGUGCGGGGCCAAGAUCCUCGACCGGUACCUGCUGCACGCGCUGGACCGCUACUGGCACAACGGCUGCCUCAAGUGCUCCUGCUGCCAGGCCACGCUGGCCGACAUCGGCGCCUCCUGCUUCGCGAAGGCCGGCAUGAUCCUGUGCCGAAACGACUACAUCAGGUUGUUCGGCACGUCGGGUGCCUGCUCGGGCUGUGGCCAGAUGAUCCCGGCCAACGACUACGUGAUGCGGGCUGCGCAGAACGUCUACCACGUCAAGUGCUUCGCCUGCGUCAAGUGCCACAGCCAGCUGGUGCCUGGCGAUCGGUACAACCUCGUCAACGGGAACGUGCUCUGUGAGCAGGACUGCCUGAAGAUGCUCAAGGGCUCCCCGGCCACAGUGCGCAAGGGCAAGGUGCGCGCCGCCAUCAAGGUCUGAUGACGACGCCUCUCCUCCUCGAGCGGCCGUCAGCGAGCGCGCACGCACCUCCUCCUCCCGAACUCCCAAGGCCCCCUCCCGACCCUCGCCCCGGACCGCGACCCACUGCAGCGUCUGCAUCCCGUGCUCUUUCAACCCGGGUCCCAGGGGGAGGCCGCAAUCAACGGCGGCAGCAGCAGCAACCUACGCACCUCCCCUGCCGAAGCUCUGCUACCACAGCCAUUUGACGUCACGCGCCGGCAGUGUGAGGAAAGUGAGGGCCCGUGGGAGCAACACAACACCUCUCGGAAAGCCAUAUAGUUGAGUGCUGACGGUUUACGAAUCUGAUUGCUAUCCACCUGGGGGAGAGUGUGUCAUCGAGACCGCUGACGAAGAAGGAGGGCAAACAUUAGAGCAGGCCCCAUUUACGACCCGUGGCCGAGUGUGACAAUUAGUUCAGCAGUGGUGGGUCGCAAAUGGAACAAAUUUUCUAAUAAAGAAAUUUGGUGGUAGGUACCCACUUUUUGGUCAAUGAGGAGGAUCGCCAGUAGCCCACUAAGCUAUGGGAACCAUUCAAGGAGGUUCAAUGCUUGUCCCGUGGUAAAAAAUCGGGGACGCAUGCGUCGCAGCCGUUGGUGAAGGAGGACAUCGGGCGUUGUUCACUGUCGGUCGCCGCCGCCGCCGUCGUUUGUGAGGCCGCGCGGCUUUGUCUGUUCGGGGUAGCCUGCAAUAAGAAUGCCAUCCGGCGGUUGUUGAGUGGGCGAAGCCGCCGACAGAAGACGAGAGGGAGGAGGAGAAUCACUGCGAGACGCGGGACUGCAGCUCUUGAAAGCAGCUGGAGAAAAAAAAAAAGAAGAAAGAAAACACCCCUUCAUCAGACAUCCGCGAGACAUUCUGAGCUUAUUAUUUCAUGCUUUCUCUUUUAAAUUGCUUUUCUCUUGGCUUCCGCAUUUGUUUUGUGGUCUGGAAAUGAAAAGAUUGUCCAUCUUAUUCCUCGUGUACUUUUUUUUUUGUACAUAUGUCUUUACUUCUAUCGUGAGACCUAAGAUCUGAUCCGUGCUUGUAAUGUCAGUCCAGCAGCGAGACAGGAAACAAACAGGCGCCACUCCAUUUGUCGCAAGCGGCUGUAGUUCCAUGCUUUGACUGACAAAGAUACAACAGGUUCGUCAAGAGUUCGCGUAGUCUGAACACUGGGACCGCUAUGCAACUACAAAAGGCAGGAAAGGUAUUUGUUGAGGCAGCAUUGGGUCGGAAGAGAAUGUUCGAUCACGUCAAGGUGGCACAUUUAAGAUUCGCUGGGGCGACAGUCGUGCUCCUCGCUUUCUUCGGACGAGAGUGGCUAAGGAAGGAUUCAGCGAGUUCGGGUAGGCUCCAUGCAGAGAAGCCAACCUCAACACUGUAUGGUCGGCAGUUAAGCCGUCGCACAUUCUUGCGAGAGCAGACUGAUCUUGCACGCGUAUUACGGAGGAAUUCCGGGGGAAAAGGGAGAGAAAAACACCAACAACACGCCUACGCUUUCUUUCUGUGUGCCGCAUUUUGUCAUCCCAGCUGCCCAUAUUUUUUUAUCCUGUUUUUUCUUUACAUGUAGUUACAUGCGAUCGCAAUGUCCGGCGUGAGCGAACUUCGCUCACGCGACCACUUGGUAGUUCGGUAUCAGUAUUUUAUGUUUAGAGAAAGAAUGGUUGUAAAUUUUUGCUGGCAGAGCAAGGCACUGCAAUUUGUCGAGUCCCGGGGCAAGGGGGGGAGGGGGGGGGGUGAUGAACAUUCGGCUGAUCUUUUGUGAACUUAAACAACCGUUACCACGUGCUUUGUGCAAAAAGUGACAGGGGAGAAAAAUAGGGGCUAUGGCAGAAGCAGCGAUGCAUCUCAUUGAGGCGCAGUUUUUUUUUAUUUUAGUGCGUUUACUUUUUCUCUGACUUAAGCCUUGUAUAGCACCGUGACGUUUCCGCAUAACUUUUGCGCUCCCUCACCCGAAAACCAGAGCCACUCUGGUUUGGACACGUUGCUCGGCCUGGCCGAGCCACCGCGACCGUCAUUGGCCGCAGGUGUUGCCCUCCUCCCGUGCUAUAUAUAAAUAUACAUAUAUAUUAUAUACAUUGAGACAGGAAACAAGGAUCGCGAUGCGCUCUUUCAAAAAGAGCGCCACACCAUUCAAACCACACACGUACAUGUGCGCGUCGUGCCCACUCGCACAUUCACAACACUCCGUAUUACACACUUGCGCAUCGCGCUAAGCUUUUACACACAUAACAACAGAGUGAAGGAGCAACAGUUAUUGCUCCAUGGUGGCUGGGGCAAGAGCAGAAAAAAAGCAAUAUGGCCGAAAACGAGUUGUCGCAUCUUGUGAAUACCGUGCGUGAAAGUGCAAAAAAAAGCAAAAAAAAACGCGAUUCCUCUUUUUUUAUAUAUAUAAUGUAUAUCGUCGCUGUUCUCUUACUCUUUCUUUUGUUUUUUAUGCGUCAUAAUUUUUUUUCACUUUCGUAGAACAUAUAAGUUUUUGCUGUUCUCUCCACAUGAACGAUGUAAUGAACUAAAAGAAUGUGAUGACAAAAGCAGUGAUUCAAGCGUGCUCAUCCAGCCCCUGCAAAGCUUUACAGAUGCUUGUACAUGACAUUUUUUUUUUGCAUUUGAUUUACUAGAAUUGUUUGGCCUUCAAUCUGUCGUUUCUCCUACGCUUCCGAUGGCGAGGAACUGACUAUCUUCCUCCGCCUACAGGAGGGCACAUGGAUGGCGUCACCUUCCUUCCGCCUUUUCCUUCCGUCUGCAUCAUUGUUUAAAGACCACAGUCACUUUACUACUUUGUCCAAUGAUUAUUAUCGUCUGUCAUUGCUACUUUGAAUCUGCCUCUUUGUUUUUUUUCUCAUUGUGUCCCUUAUUUAAGAAGAGGCAGCCACCACUUUUUUAUUGUCUUCCUUCUCGCCUUUUUUUUUACAUUUGUGAUGUCAUUAUAUAAAUAUAUAUAAAUAAAACAUUUUAUUUGAAAUAAAAGGUUCGACUGCUGUGUAA